GAUGUUCUCCAGGAAAGAAUUUGAACUUUGAAGCAAAUUUGGCGGGCGAACGAGUGUCAAGCAACUUCUUUGCUCUGUAAAAGAAUGGAGAACAAGGCUGAAGAUUCUGUUUGUGAGAGGAUGGAGUCACUUCGAAUUGUUCGUGAAAAGGAAAUUGCAGUUCAGCAACAAAAAAUGGAGUCCUUCGCGGAUUCAUUUCGCAAAUCUCUGGAAUCGAUCACUGCACGGUCCCGAGAAAAUGCCCGAAGCCAAGGAAAACUGGGGGAACUAAAAGCGAGGCUGAGGGAGGCGGAAGAUGAACUGGUUAAAGCUCUUGCAGUCAAGACUCGUAAAGAGGCUAAACGCCUCGCACUCACGGACUCCCUUGCAACUUCAAAAUCUAGAAUUGAAGAGCUCAGAAACAAUUUACAAGACUGCAAAGCAAGGAGGGAUGAAUAUUCAACAACUAUAUCUCGGCAAUCCUUAGCUUUAUCUCCAUAUGAACACAAGGAACCCCAAGAGAGUGAUUGUAGAAAUGAAAUUCAAGAGGCUAUUUCUUGGUACAAUAGAGUUCUUGAUUUCCAUAUUGAAGGAGGGCAUGGGGUAAAGUUCUCUUUCAAGAAAAUCAAUGUAGACGAUCCUGAUAAAGAAUAUUCUUUUACCAUCCGUCAUGGAAAUGAUACUUAUACGUUGUUAGAUUGUAACCCAUCCUUGCAAGGUAUUGAAGAGUUGAUACAUGAAUUAAAUAAUACAAAUGGGUUAUUCAAGUUUGUCAGGAUCAUGAGACGGAGGUUCCAGGAGGCUGCUGCCGAAGGAGUUGGGGCCCAAGCAUUGUCUCUGCAUCAAGGCUCAACGAUAAUCUCCAUGUCAGCUCCAGGUUUGACAUCAUCAUUGGACAGAAGUGAAUCUUCAACUGAAGAAAUCGAUAACCAGGUUCAACUCGAGGAAACUGACAAACCUUCUAAGAAAACUUCAUCCGGAAAGAAACCAGCUAUCCAAUCCCUUGGAUCUGCAUUUUCUCUGCGUCGAACUCCUCGUUUCAAGGUCAAGAAAUAAGGCUCGAUUGAUGAGCUUAACCUUUUGCUUCCAUGACACAAAGUAUUAUGGGGUCCUGAUUUCAACUUUUGCCAGAACUUCUCUGACUACUGUGAAGGCUCCAUAUCUGAAAAUUAAAGUUGAAGGAGUAAUCACAUGACCUGUUGUAUGUUUUUUGUAUCUAAUUAGUUUUUAUGUGCAUUAUUUUACACGAUGUUAUGAUUUGAUGUAAUGCGUAGAGUGAUUUUCCCGGAAGUACCCCGAGUGCUAGUACUUUGUAUCCAUCUGAUUCACAUGCAGACUUUUCAUGAUCAUUGAACUUAAAUGUAAGAUUGUGCAUUAGAUAAUUAAAUAAUUAUGAAAGCUUAAAAGGUGCUAGUUCACUUCUCUA